ACGAUGCAGGCUGCAGCAGAUGCUCAGUAAAGAGGAGAAGAGGAAAGCAACAGUGAGAGAGACACAGUGCGUAUACGGAGAACUCCAGCCCUCUGCUGAAAGCCAAACACAUGAGAGUAACAUCGAAGUGUGCAGACGACCAUGCUGCUGAGUUGGAGGAUGCUCGUUGUUGGUGUUUUCUACUGCUGCAUCAAAGCAGCCGUCAAAACAUCCAAACAAGCCCUAUUUCCAGCCGCAAGCAGGGUAAAAAGAGCGUCUAUGGAAAACCCCACCUUUCACAACUCCCUGGAUGAUGUCAACCUUUUAUUUGAGAUCUUGAUGGCUGGCACAAAUUUCAAGACCAGCGGGGAAUUUUCAGUGCAAGACGCCGAGCUGGCUUCGCUCCGCAAGACGAGAAACCUGGAAGUCGUCUGUGAGGAGAUAAUUCCCCGGAAGCUAACGGACAUAUUUGAGCUCAUCUCAAACCUCUCAAAUCAGACUGGUCGUUUGCACCCGGACGACUUUGAGCGCACCCUGCUGACCCUGGUCUUCACCGCCCAGCAGAUGGUCGACUCCACCGGACAACAAAGAGAUGUUUGGGCAGAGUCCUUUGUUAGUUUGUACAAAGCCAUUAAGCAGGAUCUGACAGGGAGAAACUGAUUAUUUUCUUCUUUUAAGAUAUCCACUGAGAUCAGUGUUUCACCCUGAUUUGUAUCAAGUGGUGUUUAAAACAAUGCAUCGUGGGUAUUUGCAGCCUAUUAGAAAAGUCCUGACAAACAAACCGUGUCCACAGUUUGAUAAAGUGCACAGACUGAUAAAAACACAACUUUUAUAAUAUUGACCCUACAAGGCGUGCUUUUCUAAACAUGAGGUACGGUAUAGAUAUUAAACCAGACAGUGGGUUUGGACACUAGUAUUUAAACUUAAAUGAAUCUACUUCGACUCAUGUCUCUUCAGUGUUUGUUCUCUAGCACCCUCACCUUCAAGACGGGUUCAAUCAAAGAAAACUAAAAAUCAAUCUUUACCCAAAAGAAUCAGUGUUAAACUAUAAAGUGUUAGUGCUCCAUGAAUACUAAUUACUGUAGAGAAUAAAGGGAUUGAAGAUUAAAUAUAAAUGUCAGACUUUUAUCAUUCAUAAUUUACAAAACAACCCAUUAACACUUACUUCAGGUAAUUAAAUACAAUCCUCAGUAAAGUCCAUAUAUCAACAGAUCUAAUGCAAGGUGUUAUUUGCAGACGUCACCUCAUGUGAAAUACUUUGCACCACGUUUCUACAGUACAGUGUCUUUGACGAUGAACAG